CUUCAGUCUUACGUGCAACGCGCGUGCGCGCGAUCGUGUUCGUUUAUUUUGAAAAGAUUUACGCGCGAACGAAAAUUAAACUUAUAUGGCAGUGGUGACCCGGCCGUUUGGUGUUGUACCCAGUGCGAGAGUCGAUAGUCGGCAGGCGAGAACUCCCAGCCAUGGCAGGACAGUCAGGCGGAUAUUCGACGUUAUCAAGAUACAAAUAUGCACAAUAGCCGUAUCGUUCACACUUUUCAAUUCGGUCCGGCUACCAAGAGAGGCGUUCAAGUAUGGCGACAUCCCGUACUUGGUCGUCUAUUCGUUCUGGUUGCUCGUGGUUGCGCUACCAACGACGCUGCUGCAACUGGCGAUCGGGCAACUCAGUCAUCAGGACCCGGUUGGAGUAUGGAGAGCAGUGCCUAUAUUACGAGGAGUGGGUCACCUGAAAAUUCUGACGUCAUACCUGUGCUGCAUCUACAGCAUGGUGUACAUAGCACUGUCAGCCGCCUACAUGAUCUGGAUAGGCAAGGGCACCUUCCCACUCAAGGACUGUACAAAAUUACACAUGACUCCGAAUGGUUACGAAAACAAAAUGAAUGCAUCUGAAUGUUUUAACUCGACGUUUUUGGCGCCAUUCACCGAACAGCCACAGUAUCUCGGCGUAAUGGCGAUUUUAAUAUUCGUUUUAUGGUUCUUUCUGCCCAUUAUGUUGUAUCGUCUCCACAAAAGUCUCAAAAUCUCCUUGGUAAUUUUAGCUGCAAUCAUAAUCACAGUUGCCAUAGUCUUAACCGUAUUCUUAUCGGACAUAAACAUAUUAUCAAACAUGCUCGAGUCCUGCGAGCAUUGGUCUCCUUUAUCAGAACCAUACAUCUGGCACAGUACGCUUGUUCAAGCGCUAUUGUCGACUCAAAUAGUUAGUGGAUAUUUAAUAAGUGCUGGAGGAUCUUUAUACAGACAUUCCGAUGUCCGAUGGACAUCAACAUUUGCAACAAUAACAAAUCUACUAUCAGGAUGGUUGUCUGUUUUUCUAUGGCAAUCAAUAGGAGGGGAAGGAAUCAAGGAUACUAGUUUUAUAGCAAUAUUAGUUUUAAUAUAUCAGUCUUCCGUAUCAGAGAAGAGAACUAAGGAAUGGCCUCUGUUGGCAUUUGGAUUGGUGUUGGUAUCAGGCAUUAUAACUGUGCUAGCUCUUCUUUUUCCCAUUUACGAUAAACUGCAUCGACUAGCUGGAGAUUACUGGCGGAUAUUCGCUUGUGCAUCAUCAGCUCUUGGCACUGCAUUGACGGUGUCCGUGCUCGCCCAGGGUCUGGACCUGGCAGCUGUGUUAGAUGAACUUGUUAUACCUGUGUUGGCUGUGUUCACUACGAUAGUGGAAAUCGUUGGAUUUGUUUUUAUUUAUGGUUGGUUCUACCUCACAGUAGACAUACACUUCAUUACGGGUUCAAGGUUACCGUGGUUCUGGCUAAUGACGUGGUGGUCUACUCCUGUACUGCUGAUGGGCGUCACUGGAUGGUGGUUACGAUCUUUGCUGAGGGUCACAAUGGACCAAGGGCAGACGUUGUGGCCUUUGGGAGGGGUGUUUGUUGGGAUAUUGGUAGUCAUGGUGGUGAUGGCUGCCGUAGCCGUAGCGAAGGAAGAGCAAUUUAAUUUGUUAACUAAAAUAGCAUCAGCCUUCCGACCUUCCCGGUUAUGGGGACCAGAGGAACCAAUGUCAAGAUACAUUUGGAUGUCGCAACGUUUCGCAAAUGAAAACAAUUCCGAACACGACUAUAAUACAGAUACCAAGACAUUUAACCACAUUAUUAAUAAGUAUCACGAUAAAUGCAAUGAAAUAUACAACGAAGAUUGGUUACAUAGUACAGAUAUAUACCAAAGCACACCAAAAGCUCAAACCAAAAAUGAUCAUAAUAUUAAAAAUGAAAACCCACUUUACAAUGAUGUUGGGGCGAUAUAUUCAAUACCAACAGUAUCAACUAUUAAAAAGAAGAAAAAAGCAGACGAACAAUUUAGAUCACCAAAUAUAUGUAUUGCUAAAGGCGAAUUAGGAGGUCCAGUAAAUUGUAACUGCAAUAGACAUUUUCAACUCAACGUGCCGGAUUUAAGAAACAACGAAGUAUCGACUAGUCUGUAGAUUUAAUCAGCAAAUUCAAAAUCUGUACAACGAUUUUCAUGUCUAGUCGAGAUAGUAAUAGGACGUAUUUUCUUCAACAAAAGUGAAGAAGUUUGUACGUAAUUUAUUCUAGUAUUAAGCAACAUUCCAAAAUAGAUUGUAUACAAGUAUAUAUUUUAGUGUUAGUAGAGGAUGAGUUUAAUUUAGAUGACAAACUAAUAAGUGGUUUUAGAUAAACUUGAUAAUUAUUUUUAAGUAUAUCUUUUAGCACUGUAUUUAGUGAUAUUGUGACAAUAAACUAGCUUAAUUGGGAGGAUGUACUCAUAUAAACUGUGGUAUAGUUUUGAGUAAAUAAAGAAAUAUGAGGUUUGAUUCCUUUUACAAAAUUA